UAGACAUAUAAUCCAAACAUAAAUAUCACCUUAUACUUUUGUUUGUGUUUUCGCAGCUCUUAAUGCAACAUUCAUAUUAAACAUACUUAUCUACGUGUUUGCUAAAGUUAUAACAAGUAAAUAAUUUAAAAAUGCACCGUGAGACAAAUGUAUACAUCAAGAUCUCAUGUGAUAGAGGUUAUUGUAUAUUUUUCUUUCUUAUAUAAUAGUUUUUUUUUUUCUUAAAACCUUCUUAUAUAAUACUAGUACAUCGUAGUAUUAGUGAUUUUUUUUGUGUGAAAGUUCAAUUUUACAAUUGAAACUUUUCUAAAUUAAAAGGAGCUGGUAAUAAAACUAGUUCAAAAAAUAUACAUUAUAACAUUAAAAAAAAUAAAAAAUAAAAAAAAAACCUUGUAUACACUAAGAAAACGUGGUUAAAAGUCAUUGUAUGAAUAGUUUAAAAGUGAAAUUAAACUAUUGUGAUAACUACGAAACAAAAGGAUUAUAAAGUAUAAGAUAAGAAUAGUCAUGUAUAAUUGUACGUUCUAAAUUACUUCUCUUGUGAUCAGAGACGAAGAGAUAAGAUCAAGGGAAGGAUACAAACACUACAAGAAAUGAUGCCCCAUUGUAGAAAGAAGGACCGAGCUUCCAUCCUGGAUGAUGCUGCAAACUAUGUGAAAUCCUUAAAGCUUCAAGUUGAGAUGAUGAUGAAGGCCCGAUAUGCCUUGUGUUGCAACUCCUGGUUUGCAAGCGUGCCGCAAUCUGUUCCCAUCAGACCAGGCGUAGGAGCUGGUGUUGGAAUGGCGUUCAGACCGAGUGUAUGCGCAAGCUGUUCGACUCCAUGUGCACAAUGGAUACCUUUUCCUCCUGCUGCAGGUGAACACCCCUUUGCACCCUCAACGCUUGCAAGUUUUCCUUUCCCUACCAUGUGUCCGACAGCAGUUCUGCCUACUGACGGAAAGUCAAACUCUGCUGGUGAAACAGAGCAGCCUGAGACAGGUAAGCCAUCUGGUAGGAGAGCAACCAAACAACACAACAGCUAAUCAUCUCUUUCACUGUUGAGUUUUCACUCAAGAUUUCAGGCUGCAUGAUAUGCCAAGUUAAUGGUUUUGAAAGAUGAACUUUUCUUAUGUUUUUCUUCCAAAUCAAGGUUCAAUGUAUUAGGGGUCUUUCUCUUAAAUGUCUGCCUUUUUGUCGAAAAAUUAUAAAAAAAUUGGAAGUCAGUUUAUAUUGA